GUGCGGGGCGAGUCCCGGCGGGGGCGGGAGCGGGAGCGGGAGCGGGAGCGGCGGGGCUGGUCCGAGCCGAGCCGAGCCGAGCCGUGCCGAGCCGUGCCGAGCCGAGCCGUGCCGUGCCGUGCCGUGCCGGUCCGGUCCGGUCGGGACCGUGCCAAGCCGGACCCUCCUGCCGCCCGGCCUGCUGUUGACAAGCGGCGGCGGGAGGCAGCGGGGCAGCGGUCGUCCCCAUGUGGCGGACGCUGGCCCUCGCCUCCGCCUUCUUCCCGGGACUUUUCGUCCUCUGCAUCCGGUUACUGCGUUGGGCCGCCCCGGGAUGGAGCCUCAAGGACCGCAUCCUCCUCAGCGGCAGGUUAGUGUCAACGGUCCAAGCCACGAUGGCAACAGCGUCGGGGAUCACGGUCGUCCUUAACUGCAAGGAUGUUGUAUACGACAGGCACUGGCUGGCUGUAGAAUACAUCUGGGUCCUCGUUCCCUACAUGACCUACGACAUUUACGUCAUGUACCUCUGCCACUGGCACAAGAGCCGGGACAGGGGAGUGGCAGAGAAGAAGCACUCACUGGCCAGCGUGCGGAGCUUCCUCCUGCAGGAGCGGCUGAUGGUGACCCACCACCUCUUCAUCCUCGUCGUGCUCACUCCCAUCACCCAGCACUUCAGGGGAGAGCUGGGGGACUUCUUCGUGGGCUGCAUCUUCAUAGCAGAGCUGAGCACGCCUUUCGUAUCGCUGGGCAAAAUCCUCAUGCAGCUCAAAAUGCAGGACACCCUCCUGCACAAGGUGAACGGGAUCCUCAUCCUGGUGACCUUCUUCCUCUGCCGUAUUCUCCUCUUCCCCUUCAUGUACGCGGCCUACGCCAGGCAGGUGGGAAUCCCCAUUUACAUGGUGCCUUUCCGCAUCCCCCUGCACUGCAACGUAGCCAACGCCUCCCUCAUCGCCCCCCAGCUCUACUGGUUCAGGCUCAUCUGCCGCAAAGCCGCCCGACUCUACGGCGGCUCGCCUGCCGACAAAAGCAGAUAACGGCCGGCAGCGGCAGCCCAGCGCGGGGGCUGGAAAAGGGGUGCCCCCCCCACCCCCCCCCAGCUCUUCCACCUUCAAUGCCAGCGCUGUGGGGACCGGCGCAGAAGCAGAGCGGCAGAAGCAGCGAUGCCCCUGGGCUGGUUUAGCUGGAAGCGGCCUCGCCGUCUCCACUGCCAUGCCAGGCAGCACCAGCCUGGGCUGGGAAAGUUUUCCAGUGCCUCGCAUCCUCCCACCCGUGGGAGCCGGGGCAGGCACCAGCCAGGAGGUCUGCCCAUAAGCACAUUCCUUCUGGGAUUCAACACUGCGGCACCCAACUAAUGGUUACACAAGAGGGGUUGGUUACAACCCCACCCCCCCCCCCCCCCCCGCGUCCGUCAGGGCUGACACCAGACACCAUCACCAAGCGCGGCCUGAAGGAGCCUGCGGCCCGGAGGUGACAGCGGAGAUGAUGCCGGAGCGUACCCAGCCCCGCACAGCAGCACUGGGGACCGGGGGAGCCGUGCGCCGGACCUGCCGCAGCCCCGACUUGCUCCUCCGGCCCUGGUUUACAGCCUCCAUCCAGCUGAGAGCAGAGCCAGGCCCCGGGGCUGCGGCACGGCUCUCCACAGCCCAUUCCUGACCUUUACCGACUUCGCCUCUACACUACAUCCACGUUGAGCCUCUUACCUCCCGCUGCCGCUGGGCUCAAACUCAUUUAAAGACUCCACUUAACCCAAAGGUGCUUUUCACUAUGACUGCCUGGUGUCCGUGGCUGACAGUCCCCGGGGAGGGUGGCUCCGGUGUCCCGGCAGGCUGGAGGGGAGGGCAGCUCAUACCGGGAUAGAGGAGCGGUUAUGCUGUCUCGGAGCAAUGCCAGGGGCUGGCAAGGAGGGAACUGGGUCAGUGCAGGAGGAACCAACAACCCCAGAGCAGGGAGCUGAGCCCAUUUCACCAGUUCGGCACCAUUUCCACCAUAAGUCACAGCAAAAUGGGUACAGGCUUCCCGGCCAGCGCAGCGGGUGCGUUCAAGUCAGACAGCAGUUCAGUUCCUUCCCUGCAGCCAGCGCAGCCGCCUCCUCCCUGCAGCCUCCCACGCGUGCCUGGGGGUCCCCUGCUCCGGGGCAGGUACUGCACCAGCGCGGCCCCAGCAUCCCCCCUGCAGCCGCCCGUGGCCACUCUGUGCCUUUCAUUCUGUAUAAAAACAACGGCUGGAAGGGCCGAGGACCCAGUUCCUUUGGGUGUCGGAUCUUGUCCCAGCCACAGCUCUGUUCUGGAAAGUAAAAUACAGGGCCUCUUCCAACAUGCGGUUGGUUAUUGCAGAAACACUACUGUUACAUUAACGACCGAGACCAGCUGACGUUAUAAACUGCUUGCAACCUGUUACAGAUGUUUGUAUCUUGCUGUUUUCAUUGCAAAUAAUGUGCCUUAUGUAAGGACAAAAAAAAAAAAAAAAGCCAACGAGGCAUCUGAGUUUGCACUAACACUGCCCUAUUUACUAUCAGGAGACCAAUAAAGAUUUCCUUUCUGAGUCACA